AUGGUCUUCUUGGAAAAAUUUGUCUCGGAGACGCUGGGUCUGACCAAAUUCCCACCAUAUCUUACGACCUUCUACUGGUCGUUCCUCGGGUUCCUCUUUGUUCACCAAGUCGUCGCGCCAGUGGUUAGCGCUCGGUGGUAUCCUAUUGCGUAUGGGUCGAAGGGGAGAGCGGCGAAGAACAACUGGUCGAUACACGUCGUCUCUCAGGUUCAUGCUUUGAUCGUUGUACCGUACGCCCUUUGGUGCAUCCUGCACGAGGCGCCUGGGCGUGACCAGGAGCGCGCGUUUGGUUGGGACCACAAAGUCGGAUAUGUCCAUGCUAUUGCUGUUGGAUAUUUCCUCUGGGAUACACUGGACGCCAUCGUCAAUUUCAUCGACCCAGGUUUUGUCGCCCAUGGCAUCGCGUGCUUCGCCAUAUACACCAUGUCCUAUAAACCGUUCGUGGCGUACUACGGCACGCGAUGCCUCAUCUGGGAAGCCAGCACCAUCUUCCUCAACAACCAUUGGUUCUUGGACAAGACCGGUCGCACUGGUUCUCGUCUGCAGCUAAUCAAUGGCAUUUUCCUCUUGGCCUCGUUCCUAUUUGUGCGGAUUGUAUAUGGAGGCAGCAUCUCUGUUCAAUUCUUCUUCACGCUCCUCGAAGUUCGCCAUGAAAUCCCCCUUGCAUACUCGAUUGUGUAUGGGUUGGGAAAUGUGGUGCUACAAGGGCUUAACUGGUUCUGGUUCUACAAGAUGAUUGCCGCUCUUCGGAAACGAUUUGUUAACGACACUGAACAAGCCAGGCUCAUUGGAGAGGACCUGCCAUGCGAUACCACCAGCCCCAGCUCAGCAACAGGAAAUAGAGCGGCCAACUGA